AUGGUUAAAUUAAAACUUCAGAUACUUUUAAUUCCAGAAGAAUGUUCUUCCCUACCAACGGCAAGGAUAGACUCUCUAAUAGCCAAAAAAUUUUUACACUUGAUUGAUCCUACAAAACAGAUUGGUGAAUUACUUGACGCUAUUGUUGCACAGUAUCAAAGACUUUAUCCAGAUGAAGCUGUUAUAAACAUCGUUAAGUGUCAAGAUAAAAACCAGUGUGAUUUGGAUAAAGAUUACGAAGUGAAUGAUGUAUUUGAACUGAAUGAUGAAGUUAGAGUUAUCGUUGAUAACUUGUUUAUCAAUGAGAAGUUGAACUAUGAAUACCCAAUUACAUCAAAACGAUCACGAGAAGAGAUGGAAACUUUGAUUUCUGCUGAAAAUUCAGCAACACCGACUAGAAACUACCUACAACCUGUGUCAUCACCAGUAUCAUUAGCUCCACCACAAACAUCAUCACUGACCAAAAUCCCCAAAAAGAAAAUGAAUGAAAGUCCUGGUGCCAAAGCACGUCAAAGAAUCACUUCAGGGAUGUUGGUGAAGCCUCAGACUGCAGGUAGUCCUUCUGCCAACAAUUCCGAUUACGAUGAUUUUUCCGCUCCUGAUCUCAAUUCAAUGGAAGUUUCAUCUGACGAGUUGGAAGACGGUGUACCAAUAAGCAUAGUGAAGGACAAUACACCAAGAUUAAACAAAGCUGACAUAUUAAAUAUUUAUAAAAAACAAACAGGGAAAAAGCCAGUUUCCAAAGCUGACUCAAUUAUGAAGUCGCUACAAAUAAAUACCGUAGAAGGACAUCCAUAUCUUCUGGAUAGUGGACUUGAUUCAAGACCAAACAAGCAGGACUCAAAUAAAGGUGGCAGAAAUUCAAACCCUUUACCAGCGACAUCAACCCCGGCAUUCACCAAAAAAACGACUCAAUCACGUCAACCGAGAAAAUCUACUCAAUCGAAUUCGCCACCUGCUGGAACAAAAGUCACUCUUUCAUAUAAAAAGAAGGCAGAUCCAGCACUAGCGCCAACUCAGCCCGAGAAAGAAACUGUGAGAAGAGGUGGGCCGUCAAAAGCUAAGAAAAUGUUAACAGAAUUGGACUCCACCUCUCAAGAUACAAAAGUUGCGGAUACAUCGCUAACUGACAAGACCAGCAGUGGCCAUUUAAAGAAAGAUGUAUCAAAUUUGGAUUCCACUGUCAUUCCAGCUGCUCUUCGGGGCCCCAUUGACAGAGUUUAUGAAGAAAGAAGAACCAUGAAUAUUCUCGAUAGCAUCAGUUUCAAUUUGGAUCACUUGAAUGAUCAAAUAAUUAGAUACAAAUCAGGACCCAAUGGAGAGUUUAAACCCGUACCCAAGCAUUUCGCAGUUAGUGCUUAUUCAUGUGAACCAGUGUAUACUGAUCCAGUGGUGGAUUUCCGUAUUGAUCUUUCUGGAGAACUGAAUUAUCGUGGACCACUUCCAUAUAAGGUCCAGAGUAAAGUUGAAUUUGAUAGGGAAAAUAAUAUUGCAAAUCCAAGAGCUUUUAGACAGAAUAUAUUCAAUGGUCAUGGAAUGGACGAUGCGAAAUAUGAAGUGGCUGAAGUGAUUAAAAUUUCCAAUAGUCCUGCUGAACAUCAUGAUGAUGAUGAUGAUGAUGACUCCAUGAUGAUUCAACAAGAAGGAGAGCAUAUAAGGGCACCAAAGCAUAGAACUCCACCAAAAACACAAAUAACAACAUCCCCCAACGCGUCCAAUGCCUCCAAUGCCUCCUUGACUAGACAAAACACUCAAGGUACAUUACUCAAAGAACCAAGAGCAAUGACUAAUAACAGUAUUCCAGAUGGGGGUACAAUUAGAAGACCAUUUAGAGAAACCAAGCUGAAAAAGAUGAAUUCCACGGAAUCUGGUGCUAAAGAUGAAAAUCCAGACCUGGAUCACCAUAGUCAACAACAAUCAGCGUUAGGAUUCAGUGCAUUUCAUACUAAUCUGAAAAAGCCUACUGAGGGGGCCUUAAGUAAUCUGUUUUUCAAUGAACCCAAGUCUGACACUGAAAAUAAUCCCAAUGGUGGUACACGAACGGAUUCACCUUUUGACUCAGCUAAUUCAUUGGCACUGAAACGAGCUGAUAAGUCUGCAUUUAGAGCUGGUGAUUCAUUCGCUAGAGGAGAAGGAGGAGAAGGAGGAGGUACUGUUGCUGAUCAACAUCAAAAUGGUAAAACUACACCUAAAUUGGAUGAAAAUGGAGCUAGUGAAUCAGAUCAAGUGAAUCAUGAUAAUGCAGUCUUGACUACGUCGCUGAAGCUUCCUUUGCGUGAUACUCCUCCAUCUUCGGAAAGUCCUCAACAAAAAACUGGACCCCGAAGUCUACAGUUGUAUGCUCAACAGGUAGAAGAACAAGGAUCAUCGUCAGGAUCAAGUGAUAUUGAAUCAGUUAUUGGUGAUAUUGAAGAAGAACAAGUUGAGGGGAAAACCACGCAAAUGAGAUUAGUUGCAUCAGAACCAGAAAAACGAAAUGUUUUCCUUAGUGUUGAGAAUAAGAGUAAUAACAAUAAUACUAAAAAUAACUCAAAGUUUCUGACGAUACGAUUAUUGACAUCUAUUGCUAGUCAAAGAAUUAGGGGACCUUUGGGAAAUAAAGAUGCAGAUCAAGUUGCCACAAGUAAUAACAAGUUUUCAAAUGGAGAAGAACCAACUCAAGCUGAUCUGCAAAAUCAUGAAACACAAGUAAAUGAAAGCAUCAAUGCAGGUCCACUGGCAGAUGCAGGUGGAGCUAUAUCAUCCACUGGUGCACCUUAUGCCACUCCCGCUAAGAAACCUGCAUUACCCACCUUGUCUGAAUUAGGAAGUCGUGGACUACCCGAAGUCAGAGAAAUCGAUGAUUUGAGAUUAUACAAGGGAGAUAAACAUGGUUCCAAUGAAGGUGAUAUGAAUACCGAUGAUGAUGACGUCGAAUCUGUUGUUGGUGAUGGUAGUGACAGUGAUCUGUCAUCAUCAGGAAGUGGUAGUAGUGAUGAAAAUGAUGAUGAAGAUGGCGGUUCUGGAUCUGGUAAUAAGUUGUUUUUGUCGAGUACAACUAUUGGUGAUAAGAAUUACAAAAAGAGAGUGAGAGCUAAGAAGAAUUUAUUUUCUAGAUAA